CGCCUUUCACGCCUUAUAUAAAAGGCGCUUCCCAUCGAAAUGAACCAUUCCUCUCUCUCUCUCUCUCUCGCUCACACACACACACACACAAUCUUCCUGGCUAUGUUUGUUUUUUGUACAUCUUACAAGUGUAAUCUCUGAUCAUUAAAUUUCCGAGGGUAGAAGAUCUGUUUGCAUAUACACAAAAGUAGACACACAGAAUCAUCGAAUAUACAGCCCGCGUCUCCAAAUUUGAUUUUUCUUCUUUCCUAUGAACACAAUCCGUUUCAUGGCCACGAAACCUUGUUGUAGAAUUCUAAUCCAUGGCCGGAACUCGGCUUUUUUGGGCUUCCCAUUCCCACAAUUCCACCGUUCGUUCACCUCAAAUUCGCCCAAUUAUCGAUUGAAUUUCCACAGCUACCCACCUCGAAUCUUGGGCUUUAGAUUCGAAAUCAAUCAGACCCAGAAACCAGUUUGUGACCCAAAUUCAAUUUGGCGUCAAUCUAGGGCUUUCUUAACCAACUGUACUGGUAAUGGUAUGUGCAGAGCCGUGCGUGUGAUUGCUAGUGUUGCCUCAAAUGUCAGGAAUUAUUCGAGUUCGGUCGAGACUCGUUUGAACGACAAUAACUUCGAGAGGAUUUACGUUCAGGGUGGUCUGAAUGCGAAGCCUCUCGUGGUACAAAAGAUUGAUAGGGAUGAAAAUAUAGCGAGAGAUGAAGAAAAUACGGUAGAAUUUGCGCGUGAGAACGAAAAUAAUUUGCAUUUAGGGGCUUUGAAUGAGGCUGAGGCCGUUAGAGAGGAGUCUGAGAUAGAAAAGGAGGCGUGGAAGUUGUUGCAGAAUGCGGUUGUUAGUUAUUGUUCAAGUCCGGUGGGGACAGUGGCGGCGAAUGACCCCAAUGAUAAACAGCCGCUUAAUUACGAUCAGGUGUUUAUACGGGACUUUGUUCCAUCGGCUCUUGCGUUCUUGCUUAAGGGGGAGGGGGAAAUUGUGAAAAAUUUCCUCCUCCAUACCUUGCAAUUGCAGAGCUGGGAGAAAACAGUGGAUUGCUACAGUCCAGGGCAGGGCCUGAUGCCAGCAAGUUUCAAGGUUAGAAUGGUGCCUCUUGAGGACAGUAAAUUUGAAGAGGUCUUAGAUCCAGAUUUUGGGGAGUCAGCUAUUGGCCGUGUUGCUCCCGUGGAUUCUGGGUUGUGGUGGAUUAUCUUAUUGAGAGCUUAUGGGAAGAUCACUGGUGACUACGCAUUACAAGAAAGAGUGGAUGUUCAGACGGGCAUAAAACUGAUUUUAAACUUGUGUCUGUCUGAUGGGUUUGAUAUGUUUCCUUCUUUGUUAGUAACUGAUGGAUCUUGCAUGAUAGAUCGACGGAUGGGUAUCCACGGGCACCCCCUAGAGAUUCAAGCUCUAUUCUACUCAGCCCUACGGUGCUCCCGUGAGAUGCUUGCCUUAGAUGAUGGAUCCAAGAACUUGGUGAGGGCCAUCAAUAAUCGACUCAGUGCAUUGUCAUUUCAUAUCAGAGAAUAUUAUUGGGUUGAUAUGAGGAAGAUCAAUGAGAUAUACCGAUACAAGACAGAGGAAUACUCCACAGAAGCCACUAAUAAGUUCAAUAUCUACCCUGAACAAAUCCCUAAUUGGUUAAUGGAUUGGAUUCCAGAGAAAGGGGGUUAUUUGAUCGGUAACCUACAGCCAGCUCACAUGGAUUUUAGGUUUUUCACGCUUGGCAAUCUCUGGUCCAUUGUAUCGUCUUUGGGUACUCCACAACAAAAUGAGGCUAUUUUAAAUUUAAUUGAAGCCAAAUGGGAUGAUCUUGUGGGCCAUAUGCCUCUCAAGAUAUGUUACCCUGCUUUGGAAUAUGAAGAAUGGAGAAUAAUCACUGGUAGUGACCCUAAGAAUACACCCUGGUCAUACCACAACGGCGGAUCCUGGCCAACGCUUCUAUGGCAGUUCACUCUGGCAUGCAUUAAGAUGGGCAGAGCCGAACUAGCAAGGAAGGCAGUCUGUUUGGCUGAAAAAAGACUGUUGGUUGAUCGUUGGCCUGAAUAUUAUGACACCAGGAAUGGAAAGUAUGUUGGAAAGCAAGCCCGGCUUUACCAAACUUGGACAGUUGCUGGGUUUCUGACAUCUAAAAUGCUUUUGGAAAAUCCUGAGAUGGCUUCGCUCUUAUUCUGGGAAGAAGACUAUGAUCUCCUUGAGAUUUGUGUCUGUGCUCUUAGCAAAACCGGCAGGAAAAAAUGCUCUCGUGGUGCUGCCAAGUCUCAGAUUCUCGUGUAAUGAAGAGGCAUCUUUUGAAGGUGUAGACCUUCUCUACUGUACAGCCGCUAGUAUCGGAUAGAGUAACAAAUAUUUUUAAUAGGAUUGUGUUACCUGAAAAUUCGACACUGACAUAUUUUAACACGCCAAUGUAGAAUUAUCAUCUUUUUGUCACCCGAUCAUUUAAACGAGUUAGUAUGUGUAGGAAGUCAAAAGAAGUGAUUCUUUGAGAGAGCUGUAGAAUUAGUCAAUGGCACUCUGGCCAUUUUUAUGUAUUUUGUGUGUAAACUAUGACAUGCUCACAUAUGUGGAAUAAUAUGUUGAUGCGGAAAGUUCUGCUGGUCAUAUACCUCUGUUUUUGUCCCAAAAUAGCAUGAACAUAUCAAUAUACUU